AUGGUCAUCCAGAAAGAGAAGAAGAGCUGCGGGCAGGUGGUUGAGGAGUGGAAGGAGUUCGUGUGGAACCCGAGGACGCACCAGUUCAUGGGCCGCACUGGGACCAGCUGGGCCUUCAUCCUCCUCUUCUACCUCGUCUUCUACGGCUUCCUCACCGCCAUGUUCACCCUCACCAUGUGGGUGAUGCUGCAGACUGUCUCUGAACAUACCCCCAAGUACCAGGACCGACUGGCCACACCCGGCUUGAUGAUUCGCCCCAAGACUGAGAACCUUGACGUCAUUGUCAAUGUCAGUGACACUGAAAGCUGGGACCAGCACGUCCAGAAACUCAACAAGUUCUUGGAACCUUACAAUGACUCCAUCCAAGCCCAAAAGAAUGAUGUGUGCCGCCCCGGGCGCUAUUACGAACAGCCGGAUAACGGAGUCCUCAACUACCCGAAACGCGCUUGCCAAUUCAACCGCACUCAGCUGGGCAACUGCUCUGGCAUCGGGGACCCCACCCACUACGGUUACAGCACUGGGCAGCCCUGUGUCUUCAUCAAGAUGAACCGGGUCAUCAACUUCUAUGCAGGAGCCAACCAGAGCAUGAACGUUACCUGUGCCGGGAAGCGAGAUGAAGACGCUGAGAAUCUGGGCAACUUCGUCAUGUUCCCAGCCAAUGGCAACAUCGACCUCAUGUACUUCCCCUACUACGGCAAAAAGUUCCACGUGAACUACACACAGCCCCUGGUGGCCGUGAAGUUCCUGAACGUGACCCCCAAUGUGGAGGUGAACGUGGAAUGCCGCAUCAACGCCGCCAACAUUGCCACUGAUGACGAGCGGGACAAGUUCGCCGGCCGCGUGGCCUUCAAACUGCGCAUCAACAAAACCUGAGGCCCCUUCCUCUCACCCCCACCUCUCUCCUGUGGAUGCUUCUGGAAUGUCCCUGACCCUGCCUGAUCCCUCCCUCACCCACCCCAAAGGUAUUUUUUAUAACAGAGCUAUGACUUGUCUGAGCCUC